ACAUACCAACCCACUAUGACGUCAUACGAGACCACGUUGCCAAAUAACGGCCUCUCUUUGGAAAGUACAACUCGAGAUAUCUAUAAUUUAAAAGAGGAACUAAAUGAUACCGGUGCUAUUGUGGGCGGGGUUAUCGGAGGACUGGUGGUGUGUGUCGUGAUCGGGGUUCUACUCGUGUUCCUCUGGAAAAGACGGUCCGCACAGAAGCCCCCUAUUCCUCAAACAGACAACCGUGAUGAUGACGUCACGGAGGCACAGAUCGUCAGCCGACCCAACGCUGGUUACGACAACAUUAACUCCCGAUACUCGCUGUACCAGCUUGAGAGAGACGACAAUGGCACACCCUGGAAUCGUGCUGCAGAGACGAAUGUCAGCGACUUGUACUCCAAGGUGAACAAAACCGGAAGAGCGGCCAACACUUCAGGAGACGCCGCAUUCUCGGUUGGAUCCGCCGCAAGAACAAAUCACCAUGGCGACUACGACCGAGUACAAGGGGAAGCUGCACAUUUUAAAGUGCAUGGAGAUUACGAUCACGUGGUCAGACAUUCUUACGGUGAGAGCAGUUCUAAUGACGUUAUUGGCGCUGUCACGGGAAAUGCUGACGUCGACAUGACGUAUAAUCAGUUGCAUCGAGGCAGGGCAGUUCCAGCCAGGACUGAGACCGAGGCUAAUCCUUAUGAUGUUCUGAACAGGGCUAACACACGGGCAAAACAAGAUCUGGACGCUUGACUAACUGCCAAGGUGGUGACUUGUGAACGUAAGGGAUUGCGACAGUGGCAGUAUAAGUAGUUCAAAAGCUGUUCCAUGAAAGGAAAAGUGGCUGUUUGACGUUUGUAGUUGGACCACGUACAUCAAGGACUGAAAACACUUUCCUUACUGCAUUCAAUUGGCUUUUGGAAUAUUACCUAUUCAAUUCGUUCUGUCCUAUCACGUUUGCUUUUGAGGGCUCGCCCUAUACACAUUAGCCGGCCUGCAAUUAAGUGGUUUAUUAAUCAAGAAGAUUUUCCAAAGAGUCCAACUCAAAUUCGAUGAUUGGAAAUUAAGACUUUUAGAAACCAAGUCUCCAUCCUUUUAACUUCUUGGAAAAUGUUUUGUCCUUUGUGUAUACUACAUUAUUUCACUGCUUUUAAAUAAUUUUUAUACGUCUACAAAGCUCAUAAAUAAAUCCAAGUAUCUCUAGGUUUGCAAGCAUGGAUCUCAACUCUCCACAGUUGACUCACCUGUUGCAUUGUUGGUUAACUCAUCAUGUAAUUUGGGAUACUAUGCAAUAUUUAGUUACUGUAUGAAAACAUACGACUAUAUACUAUCCUUCUCAAAUUUUAUGUGCAUCAUUUUGUUUAUAUGUAUAUAUCCUGUCUCACAGUUGUAAUUUUAUAAAUUCUAUGUUCUAUUAUCAAAAUGUGCAUGACGUUUUACAUGCCUGGUUAUUUCUCCUAUAUCUCCAUAAAUUACGAAGGGAUGUUUCUGGAACUUAAGCAAGACGUGUAAAAAAUGAGGCGUGUUUUAAAACAAAUAUGCUCAUUUAUUAUCAAAACAAAACCAUA